AUGCGGUUGCCGGUGUUUCUCGGACUUUUGGCACUUUCAAUCGCAUCAGAAGAAGUAGCUACAACCGAAAGAACUACUUUUAGUGUUGAGGGCAAUGUCAUUUUUCCGUCAUCUGCACAUUCUGGUCGAAAAUGGGCUGCCAACUCUCGAAUACUUCUAAAUCAUGGUGAGCAUAUUGGAUUUGUACGUGAAGACGGCUCAUUCACUGUGGAUAACGUACCAAGCGGUAGUUAUAUUGUGCAGGUUGAAAAUGUUGAUUUUGUGUUCGAACCGAUUCGCGUGGACAUCACCGGCAAAGGAAAGAUUCGCGCUAGAAAGUUAACUGUCUUACAGCCAAAUGUUGUGAAUCAACUACCUUACCCACUGAAACUCAGCGCGAGAGAGGCGACACGAUAUUUCCGCAAGCGAGAAGAAUGGAGAAUUACUGACAUGUUGAUGAAUCCAAUGGUUCUUAUGCUCGUGGUCCCGCUCGUGAUCAUGCUCAUUAUUCCAAAGAUGACGGCCAACGAUCCACAGUUGCAGAAAGAAAUGGCUGAAAUGCAAAUGCCAAAGUUGGAUAUGCCCGACAUGAGUGAAAUGAUGGCUAAUCUUUUCGGUGGGGCCCCAAAACCAAAGAAAAAAGCUGUCACAAAUGGACCUCAAAAGAAGAACAGGUGAUUUGGAAGAGCUUUCUAACCUCUGGUCGAUGUCACUCAUCUCCUGCUCACGGAUAUGUCUGAAGCGGAUUUGUUCUUUUUUCUCUGUGAAUGUGCUGUAAUUGUCGUUAGAUAGCUGUCUCGUGCAACUGUUCUUUGCAAAUAUCGUAAUAGCUUUUGCUAUUUCUUAAACGUUAUGUCUAGUGAGAAUCGUAGGUGUCACGGGUAUGUGAUAUUACUUUACUCUUAAGUAUUCAUGAGUGAAAGAAUGGCUACCCUGUAGAAACUUUUUUUUUCGUACUUGAGACGCAAAAUUACACCGAUUCUAAAUGCCCAGCUGAUGCAGACGGUUGCCAUGAGCAACCGUAAUGGACUGGGCUAUAUUUUGCCAUCUGCACUCUUACUCGAUUUGAUCCCUUUUUUUUCUUUCGU